CGGCGGCGGCGGCGGCCAUCUUGGUCUGAGGCGGCCGCUCCCGGAGCCGGCGCGGGUUGGCGGAGCCCUCGGCCUGGGCCUCGCGCUCCCCUCGGGCCGGCGGCGGCCCGCGCGGCCGCUCCCCGAUGGGCUAAGCCGCGACCAUGUUCAGCUUCGAGGGCGACUUCAAGACGCGGCCCAAGGUGUCCCUCGGAGGGGCAAGCCGGAAGGAAGAAAAGGCUUCUCUUCUGCACCGAGCUCAGGAAGAACGAAGGAAGAGGGAGGAGGAGCGGCGGAGGCUGAAGAAUGCCGUGGUCAUCCAGUCCUUUGUGCGCGGCUGCAGAGACAGGAAGCAGCAGUAUUCCAUCCAGAGAAGCGCGUUCGACCGCUGCGCCGGCCUGGCGCAGCCUGGCACCACGGUCCCUGUCGCCGGCGCCCCCAACCUCGCCCUCCUGGUGAGGCGGCUCCUGUUCUUUUACCAGCUCGGUGAAGACUCAAAGCGUCUGAUAUGGGUGUACCAGAACUUGCUCAAGCACAGCUCCGUGUUUCUGCAGCAGCUGGACGGACCUGAGCGGCUCACGCGCCUGUUCCAGAUAAAGAGGCUGAUGAGUCUGUGCUGCGGCUUGCUGCAGAGCCACAGUGACGACAGCUCGAACGUGGCCGUGCCUCUGAGGAUGCUGGAGGUGUUCUCUUCUGAGAAGACGUACCUGCCCGUUGUGCGGGACCCAGGCGCGGUGGUGUGGGUGCUGGAGCAGGUGCUGCACUACAUGGUUCAGCACGGCUACUACCGGGCGUUGUCCGUGCUGAUCCACAGCAAGCUUCCGCCCAGUGUUGACUACUCGGACCUGGUGCGGGUGCCCAUUGCGAAGACCCUGGUGGAGAACGUUCUCAAGCCGCUGCACUUUACCUAUGGCUCCUGCGGGGAAGGGGCGAGGCAGCGGGUCUUCGCCGCCUUCGCGGAGGAGCUGCUGGCCGCGCCGUUCUCGGAGCAGAUCCUCCAGCUCGUGGUCCCGGCGCUGGCGGAUGCGCAGGCCGCCUUCCCCUUCGAGCCCUUCCUGGACGCGUUGCUGUCGCUGCGGGGCGGGGCCCCCGAGAGCUGUGUGUCCGCACCCUGGCUCUUCUACUUCGUGCUCACCGUGGGCGAGAGCCACCUGGGCGCCCUGUCCGAGGAGGGUCUGCUGCGCUACCUGCGGGUGCUCCAGGCCUUCCUCUGUCGGCUGCCGCUGUCCCCCGGCGGCCCAGGCUGUCAGGACGCCAGCGACUCGGAGGAGGAGAGCGAGGAAGCGGACCGGCGGCCGAGCUCUCCCGAGUCCGGGCGGCUGUCGGCGCCCCGCGUCACGGAGGAGUGUCUGAGGAAGCUGGACAGCAAGCGGCAGACCAACGCGCUGCUCGGCCUGGUGUGGCGGGACUCAGCCGGCGAGGAGGCCUUCACGCUCAUGGCAUCCAUCUGCCACGCGCUGAUGGUGCGGCACCGCAUGAUGGUGCCCAAAGUCAGGCUUCUCUACAGCCUGGCCUUCAACGCCAGGUUCCUACGGCACCUCUGGUUUCUGAUCUCGUCUAUGACCACACGGAUGAUCACGGGGUCCAUGGUGCCGCUGCUGCAGGUGAUGUCCAGGGGCUCGCCCAUGUCUUUCGAAGAUUCUGGCCGGAUCAUCCCCCUCUUCUACCUUUUCAGCUCCUUGUUCAGUCACUCGCUCAUCUCCAUUCAUGACAAUGAAUUCUUCGGGGACCUCACGGAAGUUGCAGGCCCCCGGCGGCCAUCCAUGAUGCCGUUCUCUCUGGAGGAGCUGGUGGUGCUGUCCCGCUGCCUGCGUGACGCCUGCCUGGGCAUCAUCAAGCUGGCGUACCCCGACACCAAGCCCGAGGUGCGGGAGGGGUACAGCCUGGCCUUCCAGAGCGUCGGCGUGGCCACCAGCCAGGAGCUGCAGCAGUGCGUCCAGCUGCAGCAGAAGCGCUGGGUGCAGCUCUUCAAGGUCAUCACCAACCUGGUGAAGAUGCUCAAGUCCAGGGACACGCGGAGGAGCUUCUGCCCCCCGGACCACUGGCUGUCCGAGCAGGAGGACAUCCGAGCAGACAAGGUGACCCAGCUCUACGUGCCGGCGUCCAGGCACGUGUGGCGGUUCCGGCGGAUGGGCAGGAUCGGCCCCCUGCAGUCCACCCUGGACGUGGGCCUGGAGUCGCCGCCUCUGUCCGUGUCUGAGGAGAGGCAGCUCGCCGUCCUCACAGAGCUGCCCUUCGUGGUGCCCUUCGAGGAGCGGGUGAAGAUUUUCCAGAGGCUGAUCUAUGCAGAUAAGCAAGAGGUCCAAGGAGAUGGUCCGUUUCUGGACGGGAUCAACGUCACGAUAAGAAGAAACUACAUUUAUGAAGACGCCUAUGACAAGCUGUCCCCAGAGAACGAGCCCGACCUGAAGAAGAGGAUCCGUGUGCACCUGCUCAACGCGCACGGCCUGGACGAGGCGGGCAUCGACGGCGGCGGCAUCUUCCGGGAGUUCCUCAACGAGCUGCUCAAGUCGGGCUUCAACCCCAACCAGGGCUUCUUCAAGACGACCAACGAGGGCCUCCUCUACCCCAACCCCGCCGCCCGCAUGCUUGUUGGAGACUCCUUCGCACGCCACUACUACUUCCUGGGCCGCAUGCUGGGCAAGGCCCUCUAUGAGAACAUGCUGGUGGAGCUGCCCUUUGCCGGCUUCUUCCUGUCCAAGCUGCUGGGCACCAGCGCCGACGUGGACAUCCACCACCUGGCCUCGCUGGACCCCGAGGUCUACCGCAACCUGCUCUUCCUCAAGAGCUAUGAGGGCGACGUGGAGGAGCUGGGGCUCAACUUCACCGUGGUCAACAACGACCUGGGCGAAGCGCAGGUGGUGGAGCUCAAGUCGGGCGGGAAGGACAUCCCGGUGAGCAGCGCCAACCGCAUCGCCUACAUCCACCUGGUGGCUGACUACAGGCUCAACCGCCAGAUCCGCCAGCACUGCCUGGCCUUCCGCCAGGGCCUGGCCAACGUCGUCAGCCUCGAGUGGCUGCGCAUGUUUGACCAGCAGGAGAUCCAGGUGUUGAUUUCGGGAGCACAGGUGCCCAUCUGCCUUGAGGACCUCAAGUCCUUCACCAACUACUCAGGGGGCUACUCGGCAGACCACCCUGUCAUCCAAGCCUUCUGGAGAGUCGUGGAGGGCUUCACGGACGAGGAGAAGCGUAAGCUGCUCAAGUUCGUCACCAGCUGCUCCCGACCCCCCCUCCUGGGCUUCAAGGAGCUGUACCCCGCCUUCUGCAUCCACAACGGGGGCUCGGACCUGGAGCGGCUGCCCACGGCCAGCACGUGCAUGAACCUGCUGAAGCUGCCUGAGUUCCCCGAGGACGGCCUGCUGCGCAGCAAGCUGCUGUACGCUAUCGAGUGCGCCGCGGGCUUCGAGCUCAGCUGAGCCCCGCACCCGGGGACCUGGGGGCACACCUGGCCUCCACGAGGGGGCGACCCGGGACUUCCAUGGCCGCCCUGCCCCACCCCUGCCCCGCCGGGAAUACACGCCUGUCGGCCUCCGUGCCUCCUGGAUGUCGCCUGUGGGGUGGGCGCUCCUUGCCUGGAACCAAAGCGGCAGCGGGCGGCCCCGGGCUGGCCUCCCCCUGCCCUGGUGCUGCUGGGAGGGAGCCCCCGCCGUGGGUGGUGGCGGUGGUGGCGGCGGUGGCGGUGG